AUGAAGUCCACCAUCAUCCUUGCUGUUGCCUCUGGCAUCACCUUCGGCGUUGCUGCUGUCAACGAGGAUGUCAUCCGCGUUGACAACAUCAACACCAUUGAGCCUGCUCUCGAGCUCACGACUAUCCUUGAGGGUCCUGGCGCUCUCGUUCCCACCUCCGUCGGUGGCAACGGUGUCACUGUCAUCCAGUCCACUGUUUGUCGCCCUGUCACCACCGAGACCUGCGAGGUUAUGGACUUCACUUCCACCUUCCCGGUCUCCAAGGCCACCUCCGCGGUCUCUUCUGAGGUCACUACUACCUCCAUCACUGAGCAGGUCACUUCCAAGACCUCUGAGGCUGCCACCACCUCUGGCACCAAGGUCACUCAGUCUCUUGAGUCCACUGGCACCGUUCAGACUCCCAGCGCUUCCGCUGCGGCCAACAUGGAGUCUGAUGCCAGCUGCUUCUGGGCCGGCAUCGCGCUUCUGAUUUUUGUCUGA